AUGGAGGGGACAGGCGUCGAGGAUGCAAUCCAACCCAAAAGAGAGAGGAAGUACACCGCUACCGACUGGGCCGAGUUCUUCUGGACUGACUUCGUGUUGAAGGAUGAUCCCAACAUGGAUGAUCUGCUUUUCUUCGUGCCCGACCAGCCUCUCGCCCAGCCCGUAGCCGGUUCAGCCGAUGGUGGCCAGCAGGGCAGCAAGUUCUUCGUGGUGCGCAAGCACGAGGACGCCGAGCACAAGCUGCCCAAGCGGGGCGAUCGCUCCAUCAACUGGCAGGAGACCUACUUCCUCAACAUCAUCACCAACCACCUCAAAAAGGGCCGGGGUUCGACCGUUACUACACCGCGAAGUAGCGCACACGAUACAGCAAAGAGGCAGCGAGUAGAAACCUGCGUCUACGCGUCGCCCACUCAGGUGCGUAUGGACAUGAAGGAAGACGAGGUGACGGAGACCUACCCCACCAUAUUUUUCGCCGUCAACGACUUCCAGGAGAUGCUGCAGGAUAUCACCGUAUCCGAAGAGGGCGAGCUGGUGUGCGUGAAGCUGCUGGCGACGAUGCCCGAGGGCUCAUCGACUUCGCUCCACCUCGCCGCGGUCAUGAGCAAGACGGACCCACAAACCCCGACCCUUACCAAAAAGGGCGGCCCCGUCACCAUCUUCAGCGGAGCGGUGGGCUACGAGAUUGUGCGACAGGCGUUCGGAAUGGAGGCCAAGAAGCAGAACUCGCCCUCGACGCUGCGUUGGCUGACGCGAUCGCGCGACAAGUCACCGCAGCAGGUCUUCCUCAACAUGAAGGGUCCGUCAGGCAAGGGCAAGGCCCAGAUGGCCGUCAACCCGGCCGACUCGCCCAAGAGCAACUCGUGGCUGAACCUCAGCGCCAUGCGCAAGUUCCUGCCAACCGCCAGCAGUCUGUCCCCCUCCUCCUCCUCGUCAUCAUCUCCGUCCGCUUCCACCUCCCUUCCUCAGGCCUUCCGAUGCUCGCUCACCUCUGUGCUCCUUCCCUGGGCCUCCAUCAUCGACGAUGUCUACAAGACUGACCUCCUCUCCUCUUCUGCCAAGACGUCAUCUUCAUGA